AUGAUUAGUUGUAAACAUCCAAAACGAAAGUAUAUUAAUUCAAAUGGUGAAGGUGAAAUAUCAACAUGGGAUUUGGUUGAUGAUACCGGUGCUAUCAAUCUUGUUGCAUUCAAUUUAGAUUCAUAUAUAAUGUCGAAUAAACUAAUUGAAGGACAAGUAAUAGAAUGUCUAAAUGUUCAAGUACAAGUCUUAAGAGAUUAUGGGAUUACAGCAGGAAAUACAAAUGGCAAUUCAUGGACUCGACGAGAACUUCAUGUUGCUCAAGAUGGUGCUAAAAUAAUUCCAACAUCUGUCAUCUGCAAAUGGUUAAAAAUAAAAAAUAUUAAAGUUGAUUGGUUUAAUGGAUCACGUACACUUGUUAGUAUGGGAAACACCCGUUUAUCCAUUAUUUGA